AUGCCCAGACCAACAACGACUCACCACAACUCACCUAGACAUUUUUACAUCAUCCUUCAACAACCUUCCACACGUCCUUUUGAUCCACACCCUCCCUCUGCACUCGACUCGAACCCCGACUCCGCCGACUGCAUACCCGUCCCCCGCCAUUCGUCAUCCGUCCUUUCCGUGCAUUCGUCCGUCAUUUGCCACCCAAAACAUUACCUGCACCCCCGGCAAUCUAAGACCGCUUUUGCGACUGUCCAAGGUUCCAAGCCCAGCCCCUCAGUCCGUGCCGCCGGCGGCCCCUACCUCAACCCUUUGUUAUUGAUCUCCACAUUCUGUCACUCAUCGGAACGUGCACCUCAUGUCGUCCAACAUGGUUCCCCAGGUAUGUCGUACACCCUUGCGCAUUGCAAGACCGACGGGCACCGAGGACUGACAACUUUACAGGAGGAACUGCCGAUCCUCGAGGCCUUCAUCAACAUUCGUAACCGUUUGACGGCCCUCAAGAAGGACAGCACCCGGUUCAUCAGAGCUCAAGAUGUCAUGUCGAUCUACAACCAGAUCAUCAAGCAACUGACAAAACUCAAUGCGAUCCGCGAAGAGGCCUCCGAAUCCGCGUUACAAAGCAACCCGAGCAACCCGCCAAAGUCUACGUAUGAGCCCAACCGUGUCGACACCAUCAUUGCCGAUGUGUUCUCGCUCAUCAGUCUGAUGUUCCUCACGGUCGGCAAAAGCAGGGAGAGUCCGGCCGUGUACUGCCAGAUUGCUAGCAUGAGGCAAAUCCUGAGCCACAUGGACGAGUCUGGUGUCUACACCGAGGCGUAUCUGCAGGGAUUUAGGGACCGUCUGGAGGAGCUGAAGACCAUCAUCAAGAACGACCGCGAGGAGGGAAGACAUCCGGAGCCGGUCCUGAAGUACAUGCAGAAGAAGCUGGAGGGAACCGAGGCGAUCCUGAACGAACUGAUGGAGUCUUUGUCCGUGUUGUCGAUCGAGCUCGUCCCUAUUCACAACCGUCUCGUUGCUAUCCGCAAGCAGCUGACGGCCCUGGCCACCGAGCCCAAGGUCAACAAGGCCGAGCUCAAGGCUAUCCUGGAGGAGCUCCGCAAGAUUGAUUCGAAGCGUGUCGAUGGCAAAUUCCUGGGUCCGGGCGGCUCCUCGGUUCCCGAGGGACAAGCCCUGCUCAGUGGAUUAAUCGAUUCGUGCUUCGACAUUGUGCAGGACAUCAAGGCGCGCGAGCACGAGGAGAACGUUAGCCCGCCUCUCAAGCCUAUCUGGGAGCGUCUCACGACGAUGAAGCAGCAGCUCGAGCAGCUCACUCUUACGCAUCGUUGGACGCUGCGUGAGACGGAUCUGUACAACUACCUUCUGUCGCUCCGCGAGAUCGACUCGAUGCGUGUGGACGGCAAGUUUGUGGACGCGGACGGCAACAAAGCCGAGGGACAGUACCUGCUGCUCUACCUGCUGCGCCGCUGUUACGGUCUGAUCUACCGUCUCAUGUCCGAGUCUGAGCCCAUCUCCGAAGAGCUCAUGCCGAUCGCCAACAAGCUCUCGACGAUCAAGAAGUGUCUGAACGAGGUGCACAAGUACGGCGGACCAUACAGCCCACGCGACCUUUACCCUUACCACCUGGCGCUGCACCAGAUCGACUCGAUCCGCAAGGACGGCAAGUUCCACGCCGACGACGGAAGUGUGCCCGAAGGCCAAGCGAUUCUGAACGCUCAGCUGUCCGAGGCGCACGAGCUGCUCGAGAUGCUGAAGGAGAGCAUGUCGGAGGAUGACGAUGAUGAUGAGUAG